ACGCCACACGCGGGCAGGAAAACUGUGUCACGUUGCUGAAACUAUAAAACAAUAAGAUCGCCUUCAUUUCAAGGGUUGUUGACGAAUUAUCCCGAAAUAGUACGGAGCUGUAAACCUCACUGACAUUAAUUUGUGGCUUCAAAGAGGCGAAGAGGAAACCUUCCGCUGUAGCUGAAGAACAAGUUUGACAAACGAAACGCUUCCCGUUCGCAGCUGUCAGUUUCAGAAGUUUGUCGACGGAAAAAAAUGGAAUCUUUACGGCGUUUGAAAACCGUUGAAAACUCUUUCGUGGCUGUUAUGGAACAGUUUGUGAAGACAGUCGACAGAAUGGAUAACACUGUACUCAUCCCUAUGAAGUUGAUAGAUUUGCCUGUGAAAGAUUUAAUGCCGACGAGCGGGAAAGACUCGUAUCUUCAAAAUACCACGAACAUGAGAGCCUUCUACUUCAUGGUAAAGGCAUUGAGAAUUAAGCUGUCACUGGGAUAUGGUCCACCGACUGAAAACGAAUCGAACAUUAUUCCACUCGAAAGAGAAAUCCAAGACUCCUGCCAACGCUUAAAUCAGCUUACUUUGUUGGCGAGGUACAUCAAAACAUCAGCGCAAAACCUUGGUCCUAACCAUGAACUACCUUCUUUCAAGGAGUUCAAGGCCAAGACGACAUUGGAUCCCGAAAACUGCCUCGUGGAAGCUAUUAAGAAGUUUGCUGACGAAGUGGAAUCUAUGGAAAAGUCCGUUUUGUUCCCUCGUCUCCUCGACGACUACAGUGUGAGCGAGCAGAUGCCUCAAUUUGAGGAACAAGUCAAAACUUUGCUCGAUGUUUUCGUUUUGCUUGAGAAACUUCGCACUGAAUUGCUCUCAGGCUCGCGGAAUUUCGAGCUUCCAGAUCCUAAAUUGCACCAAAAACUGUCGGAGUUGUUCCAAACAUUUUUGCAGUAUACAACUAUGGCUCGAAAUCUUACUGCUCGUUAUGAAGAAGAGGUGCGAUGCUUUUGAUUUGGAACUGAACUAGAAUCAAACGAACGUUUUUACACGCUCGAAAGGUGCGCCGAAUCGUGAAAGAUUUAACUCGAUUAUUGUGCUAAUUUUCUUUGCGCUCUCUUGCAAACUUCUUGAUUUUUUUGCGAGGUUGCUGACGAUCAAGUUCAUUUUGUUCAAUAUUGAAAAAUGACUUAACGAUUUUGUGUAUACUUUAAAAUUUAAAAGAAGCUCGUAAAUAUUGUAAUAUGUAGCAGAACUACAAUAAUUUUGACUGUAUUUGUCGGACAAGAAUGUACAGAGAAAUUGCGGUACAAAGUUUCGCAAGAAAUUGUAAAGUUUGUUGUUCAAAACACGUUAAAAGGUGUAAAUUUAUGGUUAAGUGGAAAGAAACUUGUACGCAUACAAUAGAGGUAUUGCAGCGAAAGUAAAUUCUUUUCAAAGGUAAAUGAGAUGUUUAUUUAUGUGAACACUAGUCCUUAACUUAUGUAUAAGUAAUUACGUAAUCUGCAUUGUGUUGGCAUCGUUUGCCACAGAAAUCGUCAAACAGAAAAAAAUGGUCUGUCUAGAGAAAGAUCCUGUUUCUCCACAAGGCACGUUUAAGCUAAAAUAUUUCGGGUUGGGCGGGCAAUUAUGUAAAUUUUUUAGCCUAGUAUGGUCCAAUAUAGAAGUGUGACAAUGGUUUA